CAUGACAAUAGAGCCCUGACUGCAUCUGAACUGCUCAAUUAACGUCUUUCCCUCAUUUCUCAGUAAUUCCACUGCGAGCUUGUCUAGAAUCAUCUGAGCUGGCUGAGUGGGUAGACAAAUAAGGUAAACUCCAUUCCUCACGUGUCAAGAAGACCAACCUAAAAUUAACCCAGCGAACAGCUGAGCGCUCCUUUGUGUUCCCUCACUGGCGUCCAUACACACACACACACACACACACUCACAGGCGCGCGCGACACGAGCGUCUUUGUCUGUGUGUCAAUAACAAGAUGACACGAUUCUCUUACGCCGAAUACAUCGCAUUAUUUCGAUCAAGCGACACAAAACGAAACUCGCCGCAGAAAACAUCAUCUGGAGGAGCUGCGAACCGGGACGAGACAGAGCCGUCACAAGUCAGCUCUUCUGUCAGAAGAGCACAUGUGCAGCGCUUGAGUGAAGAUGACUGGACGGCUCUGCAUGAAGCGGCUCACCGCGGCCAGACGCACUGUGUGAGGACUCUGCUGACAGAUCCUGGCGUGUGUGUGGACAAACGCACGUUACAGGAGCAGACGCCGCUGCUGCUCGCCGUUCAGGGGCCACACCUGGAGUGUGUGAGGAGUCUUCUGGAAGCAGGAGCCGACCCUGACAUCAGCAACAAGAACAAAGAGACGCCUCUUUAUAAAGCUUGUGAGCAGGAGAGCAUCAGCACGGUGAAGCUGCUUCUGGUGUUCGGCGCGGCGGUGAAUCAGCGCUGUUAUCGCGGCUGGACCGCGCUGCAUGAAGCAGCGAGACGAGACAACACUGAGCUCUGCGAGACACUCCUGAGGGCAAGAGCCGCUGUAGACUCCCGCAACGCCGACAACGUCACACCCGCGAUAGAAGCGGCUAGACACGGAUGCACAGAAGCGCUGGCUCACCUGAUCCGGAGCGGUGCUGGUGUGAACGCUCAGACGUGUGACGGGAACACUGCUUUAACUGAGGCCUGCAGACAUGGUCACACUGACACGGUGAAGCUUCUGCUCAAACAUCACGCCGACGCCAACAAAGCCACCCACACCGGCCUUCUGCCACUGCACAUCGCCAGCCAGCACGGACACAGCGAGAUAGUUUCCUCACUGCUCCCAGUCAGCAGCCGGGCGAGGGUCCGGCGGAGCGGUAUCUCUCCUCUUCAUCUGGCGGUGGAGCACGACCGGCGGGCCGUUCUGAGUCUGCUGAUCGAGUCGGGAUUCGACGUCAACAGCAAACUCUCUCCGGAGCACUCCGCUGGGUUCCAGGACCGGCGUGUUUCAGCUUUGUACUGCGCCGUUGCUGCCAGGAACACAGGGGCUGCCGCCGCUCUGCUGAGGGCCGGAGCAGACCCCAACACUGACCCCUGCAGCCCGCUGCUUCUAGCAGCGCAUCACGGCUGUCUGGAGACCGUGGCCCUGCUGCUGGAGCAUGGAGCCCAUGUAAACGCGGGUUUCCCAGCGCUGCUGCUGCACACUGAUCAUCUGGACCUCCUGCAGUAUCUGCUGGACCAUGGCUGCAAUGCCCGGCCCUGCUUUUCCUGCGACACUCACCACAGCGAGCAGCACGCUCACCUCAGAACUCACAUGCACCAGAGACACACCAGCGCCACUCACGCACAGUUCUGUGACUGGAUCUCGUCCUCCUGCUGGAGACACAAAGCUGGACGGCUCAUUGAUUUGCUGCUGGACUAUGUAGGAAACGUUCAGCUCUGCAGCAGGAUCAGAGAUCUCCUUCUGGACCAACCAGAGUGGACGAGCAUUAAGGAGAAAACAUCGUCUCCACGAGGCCUGAUGCAUCUCUGUCGGCUGAAGAUCCGAGAGCAGCUGGGGCCUCAGAGACUGAGUUGUGUUGAGUUGCUGCCGCUGCCGGGCCCCAUGCAGCACUUCUUGAGCUCCAGGGGCCUUUAGCACAACACCAACCAAACCAGACUCUGCUGGACACUUACUCCUGUCCACUGUGCACUCUGUAUUUAUAUCACUUUUAAUUUAUCUUGAUGUUUUUUAAAGUGUUUAACUAACACUCCCAGUAUUUAUAUAACUCUCACUCAGAGUGUUAAAAAAGUAACACUGAAGCAGUGAAAAGUUAAUGAGAAAACUAACUAGAAGAACAGCUGCUGUUAACAAACUGUUGUUAACAAACUGAUUCACUAAAAGAAAGAGAAACAAGAACUUUAACACUGAGUGAGAAUUAUAUAAACACUAGGAGUGUUAGUUUGACUUGUGUUUGUGCUUGACACAGUUUUAUCUAGAUUGAUCAUCUGAAAAUACUGAUAUGAUGGCGGUGUUCACAGAAUAAACGUGCUCUCCUCAGUCUUUCA